CUUCGGCUACUAGUUCACUGAAAAUUGCGAGAUUUCUGCUCAAGUCAUCAUCAUCAUCACAAAUGCAGAAGUUGUAAACUGCGAUAUUAACCAGUGAUUUUGAAACUGUCUAAUCUCUCUCCCGCUGUUAUUAUGGGUCAGAAGAAAACUGUUCGCAGCCAGGCCAAAAAAGAGUCUCCCGUGGUAAAUACAGCCGUUAAGAGUGAUAAGAAGGCUAAUAGAAACUCUCUGUUUAGCUGGAUUCUGGUGUUGGCCCUGCUCGGGGCCUGGUUGUCUGUGGGUGUCGUCUGGUUUGACAUUGUGGACUAUGACAGUGUGGCUGGCACUCUCGGAGGAGUCAUUGAUGCUGAUGGUGAUGGAGACUUUGAUGUAGAAGAUGCCAAAGUUUUGUUGGGACUGACUGAGAAGCUGGUUCUGGUGGCAUCAACACAGCAGUCUUUGGAUGAAACGGGUUCAUCAAAAGAACAAAAAGCAGAGAGUCCAACAGCAGAGAGUGAAAAGGAACCUGAGACUAGUUUCAAGUCAGUUAAUGAAGAGUUAGAUGCAGAAACUAUCCUUGUUGAAAAUAAAGACUUACCACACUCUUCACCUGUGUCUACACUCAACGUUGAGCACACAUUAGAGUCCACAACAGAAAAAUCUACACCUCCAAUACAGAUUCAACCAGAAACACCUGCAACUCAACCUGUGUCUGAACCACUGUCCACACUUGAGACAACAGAGUUAUCAGAGGAACCCACACCAGAGUCUAAAACAGAACCAGAAGCCAAAAAGAAGAAACCUAAACUUCUUAAUAAAUUUGACAAAACAAUCAAAUCGGAGAUCAACGCCGCUGAGAAAUUGCGUAAAAAGGGAAAAGUAGAGGAAUCUCUUCAUGCUUUUGAAGCUCUUGUCCAGAAAUUCCCACAUAGUCCAAGAUCUCGCUAUGGCAAAGCCCAGGCAGAGGAUGAUAUGGCUGAGAAAAUGCGCAGUAAUGACAUGCUUUUGAAGGCUGUGAAUACAUAUAAAGAAGCAGCUGAGCUCCCAGACGCACCACCUGACCUCAUCAGAGCUACAUUAAAGAGACGUGCAGACAGACAACAGUUCUUAGGUCAUACGAGGGGAUCUUUAGCUACUUUGGAGAAGCUAGUUCAGAUUUUCCCUGAAGACGUCAGUUUAAAGAAUGAUCUGGGAGUGGCUCAUCUUCUCAUGGGGGACAACAAGAGCGCCAAACGAAUUUAUGAGGAGGUUUUAGCUGCUGUUCCAAACAAUGGAUUUGCCAAAGUGCAUUAUGGGUUCAUACUCAAAUCUGAAAACAAGAUUGCAGAGAGCAUACCAUACCUGAGGGAGGGUUUGGAGUCUGGCGAACCAGGCACAGAUGACGGGAGAUUUUACUUUCAUCUCGGGGAUGCAUUACAGCGAACGGGAGACAAGAGUGCGUAUGACUGGUAUGAGGCCGGGCAUCAGCGGGGUCACUUUGCCUCUGUAUGGCAGAGAUCUCUGUAUAAUGUGCCAGGACUCCGCGCUCAACCCUGGUGGACAGCAAAAGAGACGGGAUAUACAGAUUUGGUCAAGAUGUUGGAGCGUAACUGGUUGACCAUAAGAGAUGAAGCAUUAUCAGUGUUAGACAGCAACAGCGGACAGUUCCUGCCAGAAGAUGAGAAUCUGAGAGAGAAAGGAGACUGGGGCCAGUUUACACUGUGGCAGCAGGGUCGAAAAGCUGCUGCUUCGUGUCUGAGCGUGCCUAAAACGUGUGCUUUGCUAGAACGUUACCCAGAGGCUACAAGCUGUAAAAGAGGCCAGAUUAAGUUUUCAGUGAUGCAGCCUGGUACUCAUGUUUGGCCUCACACGGGUCCUACUAACUGUCGACUGCGCAUGCAUCUGGGCCUCAUCAUCCCUCCAAAGGGCUGCAAGAUCCGCUGCACAAACCAAACCAGGGAAUGGAAAGAAGGAAAGGUGUUAAUAUUUGAUGACUCGUUUGAGCAUGAAGUCUGGCAGGAGGCAGAAAGCUACAGACUCAUCUUCAUAGUGGACGUCUGGCACCCACAACUCACCCAAUUACAGAGGCAGAACCUGUCACCCAUAUAAAGCAAUUGUCCAAUCAAAGAGAAAGAAGGUCAGCAGCCAAUCAGAGUGACUGAUUUAAUGCUCUCAGCCUUUACAGAUUUCAGAAACCACAAUCAUCUAUUUUACUGUCCUGUGGUAUUAAAUAUAAGGCAAAAUGAAUGUAUGAUUUUUAUGUGCUAGUAUCAUAAUCAUCUUUUGAUAAUUAUGAUUAAUAUAAGUGAUUUUUGAAGAACAUUAUGAGUGGAAACUUCAGUUCAAUUUUUAUGGUCUGAAAUUGAAAUGUUUGGACUCAAUUAUGAAGUUUAAUAAACAGUAGUUAAGGGUUAAAAGUUCAAUUGAGAUGUGUAGGUUUGGCUAGAUUUAAAGGUAUGAUUUAGGAGUUCAAAAGCAGUACACAAGUAAUGGGACCAAUUAAGAAAUGAAAAUAUGAGAGAAUUUUGACCUUUUUUUUUAUAUUUGCUCUUUGUUACUGAAAAGAAGACACUAGUUACUUUCUAUGUUAUAGGUAUCAUGUGAUUGAACAUUGCACUGUAUGUUGUAAGUGUGUGUGUGUGUGUGUGUGUGAGAGAGAGAGAGAGAGCAGGUGAGAAAAUAGUGUAUGCACAAGCUGUAAGUACAAAUCUUUCACUUUGUACCUUUUGUAGGACAGCCAUGAAAUCUUCUUUACUAAGGGCAUGCGUACCUGGGUGAGUCUCACAAAAUUGUCAAGAUCAUGUCCAGGUCAUAUUUUACCCCAGAAUAAAAAGAAGGAAAAAAAAUAGGAAAUUAUAUUUUGCUAUUUUGCCUAUGUUUAGGACCAUGAAGCUUGUUUGCAUUAUGACAUUAUUUUCAUGACAAUUAAGCACAUCCCACCAUAUUCUCAUUACUUUAAAGCAAAAGAAAAUAUUAUUACUGUAAUGUGAAAAAAAUAAGGAAAUAUUAAAUUAUUUGUACACCAUGCAUGGUAGGAUUUUUUGUAUUGAUUGUACAGUAAGAAAAUGUUAGUAUUACAGUAAUGAGGAAAUAAUGAGAAUCACCAUUGAAUAAUUAGAGUUACAAAAAUAAUAAUGUGCAAAAAUAAUGUCACAAUGUAAAAUAUCUUAAAGGGAAAGUUCAACCAAAAAUGAAAAUUCACUCAUUUGCUCACCCUCAUGCCAUCCCAGAUGUGUAUGACUUUCUUUCAUCUGCUGAACACAAAUGAAGGUUUUUAGAAGAAUAUUUCUCGUUAGGUCCAUAGAAUAUUCAAUGCAAGUGAAUGGUGACCAAAGUGUACAUAAAGGCAGCAUAAAAGUAAUCCAUACGACUCCAGUGGUUAAAUCCAUGAAGUGAUAUGGUAGUUUUGUGUGAGAAACAGACCAAUAUUUUAGUCAAUUUUUGCUAGAAAUUCUUCUCCCUGUCCAGUAGGGGGCGUAUGCAUGAAGAAUGUGAAUCACCAAAAACACAAGAAGAAGAAUGGGAAAGCGAAAGUUAAAAUGGAGAUUGACAGGGCAGGGAGGAGAAUUUAUAGUAAAAAGGGACUUAAAUAUUGAUCUGUUUCUCACGCACACACCUAUCAUAUCACUUCAGAAGACUUGAAUUAAACCACUGGAGUCAUAUGGAUGCUGACUUAUGUGAUGUAUAGAGCUUCAAAGUGCUGGUCACCAUUCACUUGCAUUGUAUGGACCUACAGAGCUGAAAUAUUCUUCUACAAAUCUUCAUUUGUGUUCAGCAGAAGAAAGUAAGUCAUACACAUCCAGUAUUGUAUAAGGGUGAGUAAAUGAUGAGAGAAUUUUCAUUUUUGGGUGAACUAUUCUAUUAAUAGUCAUAAAAUUAGGCUUCACUGUCUUUAUGCGAAAUACAUUUCUUAUUUUUGUCUGGGUGAAAAGUGACCUGUUUUAGUGAGAUUCACCUACAGCACCCCAAUUUUGUUACACUACAUAGAAAUUCUAGAUGUGAUUUUUGUAUAAAAUUAGAUGUUUACAUAAUUUCAACAUGCCAAAAUGUAUUUUUGUGGGAAUAAUUUAAUUCUGAAACAUCUGAAAAGAACAGAAUAACAGUCUGUGUUAAAAAGUUGAUCAUUCAGUAUCACAGAUCUCAUGGAAAUUGAGUCUUGCCAUUUUUAUAUUCAACUGUAAUUAAAUGAAUAUUUAAAAAACACUACCACACAGACGUCAGUGUAUUUAAAUUAAUUAAUCAAAGAAGUAUUUGUGUUCGAAUGCACUUUUGGUUCCAGUGUACACAGGACUGUAGUUCUAGAUCAACACCUUCUGUUCCUCUUCCAUACUGGCAAAGCUAUGAAAACUUUUCCUCGCUGUAAAAGCAACAAAAUAAACAAGGGAAAAAAAGAUUAGUUUCUAAAA